AUGGAUGUGUGCUACGAAAACCUGGACAAAAAACCAACCGUGUCACACUCGUCUCGCAAGCUGCUGCAAACAACGAAAGCGACCCGAAGAACAGCGAGAUCUAGAGAUAGGAAGACGCCCCUGCAGCAUCACCGCAAGAUGUACUACAUCUGGUUCUUCGCCAACAUAGCUUGGGCCGUUCUGGCGUUUCCCUUAGGAGUGGCAGCUAUCGCUCUAGCUCGCAACUACCAGAUGUAUCGUGACCAGGUGGAGCACGCCUUGGAAUGGAAAGAAAGGUGGGCCCACUCCACCAAGCCAGUGCCAUCAUUGCGUCGUUCCGAUGGCAGCGUCGCCUCCACAUCCACGAAAACAUCUGAAGUACCGUACUGGGAGACGAGUGAGUGUCGUAAGCCUCUAGCGCUUCCAGAGUCAUCCUGGAAGCCACCUUUCACGGAUCCCAUUGAAGACUACCCUACUGCUCAACUGGUAGAAGGCCCGAUCUUCUGCAUCUUCAACCACAGUAGUUACAAGAGGGACAAGGAGUGGGCCUUUCGCACGGGUCUCAUCAACGGUAGACUCUGUACGCACGUCGUCUACGCCUCCGCAAAGGUCACCGCAGAUGACUUGGCCAGUGCUGAUCCCGGUUUCGAUCUGGUCAAGGAGGGCUUCAAGAAUUUGGCCCUUCUCAAAACCAAGUAUCAGCACCUGAGAGUUCUCGUGUCAUUUGGAGAGUACGAAAGGGGCAGUGCUAACUUAAGUAUCCUCGCCUCGUCGGCGGUGCGAAGGGCCAAGUUCUCGCAAAACGUGUUGUCCUGGCUGACCGAAAACGACUACGACGGAGUGCACGUUCAUUGGACCAUAGCGGACGCCGGACGCUGCGGUUCUCCGAAUGACGCGGCGUGGCUUUCGAAGCUCGUCGACAAGCUGAGGUUGACACUGUCGCGCAACUACACGAUUGCGCUGACAAUUCCACCGUUCAAGUCUCGGAGGCCCGGCUACGCGCUAGACAACCUCGUGGCUAAUGUCGACUACUUGAUCGUCCAAACGCACGACAUUCACGGCCCGUACGAAAACGCUACGCAUUGCGCCUCGCCAUUCAAUAGCGAAGGCCCGUCUCUGAUCAGCGCUCUCACUGACGUCGUCGAAGACGUGCCUCCGUACACGACGCAAAAGAUUUGCUUCAGCCUGUCUUUAGCCGCACUGUCGUUUCGCCUUGGCAUAGUGAACUCCCCAGACACGGACUCGGUGCCCGCAAGAGUUCUCGGACCAGGCAUCGAAGGGAACUUCACUGGAAUGAGAGGUCGCAUGGCCUUCUACGAGGUAUGCGUGCUUGGCGACCACAGCGCGUACAUGGACUUCAAGGAGAUUUGCUCCUACAAGGGCCUGGCAAAUAACUGGAUCAGUUACGAAAAUCCUAUGUCGCUGUCAUCGAAGGUUUCUGAGAUAUUCAGAAGGCUUAAUAUAUACUGCGUCGUUAUGUGGGACAUUGAUAUGGACGACGCAAAAGGUACGUGUGGAUUAGGUCGCACGCCUCUCUUGGCAUCUGUCCAUAAGGAACUCCUGAUUGCCUCCUCGCAUAACCCAGCUGCUCCAACACAGGAAGCACUAUAG